UUCACGCCUUGUAUAUCAAAAUUCAAUCCCUUUUCAUUCACUUUUCUCUCUCUAUUUCCUUUCUCUUUUUCUUGUUUUCAAUCACCAUAUUUAUCUCCACUUUAUCUGUCAACUGAAAUCCCACUUUCUCCGUCAACCCAGAUCGUUAUUGCACACAAAUAGGGUUUUACUUCAGAACUCUCAGUUUCUUCGAAAUCAAUGGCUGAUGCAAAAGUACCAACAAGGGUUACUAAAGGGUCUACCGAAAAAAUGUAUGCUGAGAGGCAUGCAAAGCAAAUGCAUGAACCCCUCCCAAGUCGGAAAUCUGAAGUUCCCAAAUCUAACAAAACCAAACGUGCUGCACAAGCAAAAAGUCUUAGAAAACUAGCGGAGGAACAACCAAUGGAAGCAUACGAGGAGAUGGAAGAGGUGGCGAAGCAGGAUCCUAAAUUCUAUGUCAAACGUCUGCCAAGGCUUUCUCCACGAUAUUCCUGCUAUACGAAUUCAAAGGUAUUUUUUGAUUUGGAGUCCAAUCUCUCCAAAAGGCAGCAUGAACUUUUUUCCAAAACUAUCUUUGGAAAAUUCCUUGGUAUGCAACACUUUGAAGUAACUGCACAAAUGUUUAGAUGUUUCAUGGUUAGAGAAUUAAGGAAAAGUAAACCAGAUGCUUUUCUUAUUGAAAUUAAUGGUUUUGUCUUGCGGUUUACCAUCCUGGAAUUUGCCAUAAUGUCUGGACUCAACUGUUAUGGUGAUGAAGGGGUUCACAUAGUUAAUGAAGAUAGUAAGAAUAGGCUUAUGGAUAAAUAUUUUCCUGGAUCUGAGAAUAAUGUGAGAAAAAAUGAAUUGGAACUAUGCUUCAAGCAAAAAAAUAAGAACCUUGAGGAUGGCGAUGCAGUUAAGCUUGCGAUUUUGUAUUUUAUCCAUUCAUACAUCUUGUCUGGUGAGCAUAAGUCUACAAGGAUUCCGAGGCUUCAUUUUGACUUGGUUGAGAAUGGGAAAUACAAAGAUUACCCAUGGGGUAAGGUAGCAUUCAAUGAUUUGAUAAGAAGUAUUCACCAAAAGAUGACCUCCGAGUCAACGUUCUUCUGUCUUAGAGGUUUUCCUCCUGCCAUGCAAGUUUGGUUAUACGAGACAUGUUCCAGUGUGUGUCCCAACUUGGCCAUUAAGCGUGGGAAUUCGAUUCCAAGAAUUCUAAAUUGGAGAACCAUUGAAAGUCAGCCAAGUUACUCAUCUUUAAUGAGUGGAAUGUUUAGAGAUGACGACUCACCGGGAAGAGUUACAUACGCAAAUGUCGUGCCGACCAUUGAAGAGAUUGAGGCUCUUCGAUUGCCCGUUAUUGUAGGUGAUUCACACCAAAAUACCCCUGCCAAUGAAGGGACAGAAGUAGACGAGUAUGACAAUUUUAUUUCUACACCACCUGGUAGGGUUAUUCGUAAACAACAACAACGUCUUUCACAUUCUCCACCUCAUAAGAAACGCAGAGAGACGCGACUCGAGGGAGGACCGGCAAAGAAAUUAUCAAUUCGGCACGCAACAAAUUCAGCUUCCGUGAGUCAUCCUAGUGAUGAAAGGUUGGCUAAACAGCAUGUUUUGCAGAGUGAAGUUCCAGUUUCUACAGUUGCCAAUGAUCAAUCACGUCAACCAUCCCCCCGUGUCCACCGUGACGUCCCUGCUACCAUGAAAGAUGAUGACGUGAUUCUUUUGAGACAAGAACUAAAAGAAUUUAAGCAGUCGGUAGAGGAUGAGUUCAGAGGACUUCGCAAGUUAAUUGCCGAUAAAUUCAAACAAGUCUUUGAACUUAUUAAAGGAAAUCAAAGUUUAAAUAAGGGUGUUGAUAGAAAAGAUCCGAUGCAUUUCAACGACGUUGACAAACAUCGGACACUUGGUGACAAUACACAUGAUCAUUCAGGGAUUAAAAUGGACAGUGAUAGACCUCAAACUGAGCAAGAUGAGGAAGGCGAAAAAUGCAGAGUUACCCAAUCAUUAGCUAAAACCAGAAGCAUGACAUUUGAUAUUAUUGAACUGCCUGACUGCCCUGUGAAAUUUGAUAAUCUAGAAGAGUUCUUUGUGCGAGUUAGUGGACAAAUCAAACGAGCUCAAUCUCUCGGUUCUUCUGGUGACCAAUCUUCUCCUAUAGAUGACAAGAUAUUUGCCAAGCCGAGGUCUCAGCCAUCAGCAGAAAUGCUUGCCAUAGCAAAAGGUGAUAUUGAGAGAUUACUAAUCAUGCCUUCUCAAGACUUGCUUCUACCCGGAAACUGCUCAGCAUUAAGUGCAGCACUAUCAGUACAUGCUGCAGCACCGGAUUUAUCACCUGAGAGAUCGCUUGCCUUGGAGAAACUCAAAGAGAACCUUCUGCACCUUUCCUUGACCUUGCGUAGAGCUAAAAAGGACAAAGAGGAUUAUUACAAGAAGGCUGCCAAGAAAGUGCUUCUCAUCGACGAGCUCACAAAGGAUCAGGAACUCUACACUAACCUCAAAGACGGAAAUGACAAACUUGAAUACCAAAUCAGCAAGUUGAAGGCAAGCUUGAAGGAUGCAAAGACGAAGAGAAAAGCAAUCCAGGAGCAAAAAUUGAGGUUGGCUAAGAAGUGUUUUGAAAAGACUAAUGCUCUUGAUGGAAUGGAAGCUGAGUUUCUUGUCAUGGAGGAAAUGAAGGAGCUAGCCGAUUUGGACAUUGCCCGAGUGGAAGAAAGCUUGACAGACUUCAAGAGUAAGAUAAUCGAAUCGCCUGUGUAAAUCGCUCUUAACGUGAAUUUGCUGGCUAGUGAUCAAGAGUAUAAGAGUAUGUGAAUAACUUUGCUGA